CAGACCGUUCAGAAGAAAGGGGACGUCGGGCGAGCCGCAGUAGCCGGAGGAGCGGCGGGAGGUGGAGACGGCUCGGGCGCAAGGGAAGGGGGCGGUGGGCGCAGCUUCUGAUCCUCGGGGAGCGGCAAGGAGGAGAAGCACGGGAGAAGCACAUGGCGAGGGGCGCGGACUAGCAGAGGCUGGCGCACCUCCUGACUGACUGAAGGGGGGGGGGGAAGCGAGCCGGUUCUCCACACCUGCCUGCCCUCGCCUUCCCUCCUCGCCUGGGCUCGCACCGCCGGCUUCUCGCACGCAACACCCCUUGCCUCUCACCCGCCUUCCCCGCCCUCCUCCUUCUCCCCUCAGCACCGCCGGGCGAGCAGGGUCGUCGCCGGCCACCGCUUCAGCGACCUCUCUUGGACUGGGCGUGAGGUGCCGUCAAAAGAGAGCACGAGGCGCCGGCAGCCGUUCAGCGAAGACCAGCGCCCUCCGGCUUGCUCUCUUUCUCUCUUCAAGCCGCGGGUUUGGGGAAGAGACGGUGCCAUGUGAAUGUGGAGGAAGCAAACCAUUCAUACUUCCAGCAAAUGAGGAAUUGUUUUUCCCCCAUUAGGACUGCCUCAGAUUUUUUUCCAACACUGCAUAACAGUCAUCUGGGGUUAUGAAGUCAGUCCUAGAUGGCCUUGCAGAUACAACCUUCAGAACAAUUACAACAGACCUUCUUUACAUGGGUUCUAACGACAUCCAGUACGAAGACUUUAAAAGUGACAUGGCCUCCAAAUUAGGAUACUACCCACAGAAAUUUCCUCUGUCUUCUUUUCGAGGUGAUUUCCAUCCCAAAAUGACUGCAGGAGAAGACGCCUCUUUAGGCGCGCACCCAUCGGAUCAAAUCAAUAUUACAGAUUUUUACAACAAAACCUUGUCCCCCUUUAAGGAGAAUGAGGAGAACAUACAGUGUGGUGAUAACUUUAUGGACAUGGAGUGCUUCAUGAUUCUGAACCCCAGUCAGCAGCUGGCCAUUGCAGUCCUGUCCCUCACCCUGGGCACCUUUACUGUUCUGGAAAAUCUUCUGGUUUUAAUUGUCAUCCUGCAGUCUCGAAGCCUUCGCUGCAGGCCUUCUUACCAUUUCAUUAGCAGCCUGGCAGUAGCUGAUCUCCUUGGCAGUGUAAUCUUUGUCUACAGUUUUGUUGAUUUCCACGUUUUCCAUCGGAAAGACAGCCCUAAUGUGUUCCUUUUCAAAUUGGGUGGAGUUACAGCCUCAUUCACUGCUUCAGUUGGAAGUCUUUUCCUCACGGCAAUAGACAGAUACAUAUCUAUACACAGGCCCCUCUCCUACAAAAGGAUUGUUACCAGGUCAAAGGCUGUUGUAGCAUUCUGUGUAAUGUGGACAAUAGCUAUUGUAAUAGCUGUUCUCCCUUUGCUUGGUUGGAACUGCAAAAUGCUCAAUUCUGUUUGUUCAGAUAUAUUCCCCCUAAUUGAUGAAACUUAUCUGUUGUUCUGGAUUGGGGUCACCACUGUACUCUUGCUUUUUAUUGUUUAUGCCUAUGUGUAUAUACUCUGGAAAGCUCACAGCCAUGCUGUUAGGAUGCUCCAGCGUGGAACUCAAAAGAGCAUAAUAAUUCAUACUUCAGGGGACGGUAAAGUGCAGCAGAUCACUAGGCCAGAACAAACACGUAUGGACAUUAGGCUAGCCAAAACUUUAGUCCUCAUUCUUGUGGUUCUGAUCAUCUGCUGGGGUCCCCUACUUGCUAUUAUGUUGUAUGACGUCUUCGGGAAAAUGAAUAAGCUUGUCAAGACUAUCUUUGCCUUCUGUAGUAUGCUGUGUCUGCUGAAUUCUACAGUGAAUCCAAUUAUCUAUGCUCUGAGGAGCAAGGACCUGAGACAUGCUUUCAGAAGCAUGUUUCCACCUUGUGAAGGGACCGCACAGCCUCUUGAUAAUAGUUUGGAGUCCGACUAUCAGCACAGACAUGCUAACAAUCCAGGCAAUGUCCAUAAGGCUGCUGAAAGAUGCAUUAAAAAUACAGUUAAGAUUGCUAAAGUGACUAUGUCAGUCUCUUCAGACACUACUGCAGAGGCAUUGUAAAACAAAGGCAAUGUUUGGGAGAAGAAAGUGAGAGAAAGCAGGAGAAAAUCAUCACUUCAAAAAUGUAUUUUUCCUCAAAUGUACCAUUUUAAAUUUUACUCUUUUGAAAUGAUUUUUUUUUAAAUUAAGUAGUAGCCCUUUCCCCAAGUUCUAUAAACAAGGACUCAGAGUUUGUUUUUAGAAAUGGAUUUCUCAAUUGGCAAAUGUAAAUUGACUAGUAAUUGCUUAACCCUAUUAUUAUGUACAAAAAUAUCUCAUUAACCAAUGAGAGAGGUCUAUAUGCUAAGGAAAACAUAUUGGACGUUGAGUUGAAACAUGCACAAUACUAUAAUCAGAUCCAACACUAAUUUUAUAAUUGUAUUUAAUUUCGGUAUGAAAUACAUUAAUGGUAAGGUUUCAUACCAUCCUCUCCUCCAAAUGCAGCAGUACUGGACUGUAAACAUUUUGUAUUAUGUCUUGUGAAAUGUACAAUGUUUACUGUAUGUUACUGAUAUUUGUUUACUCGAAGUGAUUAAGUAGAUUUAUGUAGAGAUAAUGUAAAGUAUGUGAUGACGUAACCUUUUCACCCUAUCAUGAAAAUACUUCCUGUACUUUGAAGAAUUUCUGUGAGGUAUACUGAAAAUUUUAUGUUCUUAGUGUUUUUAGUGAACUUAAAGGGAAAGGCUUUACAUUGGUUCUCUUCACAUUUGAAAUCCCUAUGAAGUCUGAAAUUGCUAUACGUGGGAAUAGCAGCAACAAACUAUAGCAACUUUUUCUUUGCAGAAGAAAAUUACAUUGCUCAAACUGCAAAAAGUAACUUUUAACAGAUCAUUGGCUUUUGGUUGGAAACAGUUUAUGAUGUAAGAGGCAAGAUACAGUAUCAGGCAUUGGCUUAUUUAACUUGAAAUGAUUUCAUCUGGCCAGUUGCUAGCAAAGGAUCUCCAAAGACAACAUGUGACCAGUGUACAAAGUUAUCACUGUGAUAUAUACUUGAAAUGUGUUGCAUUCCUAAAUCCCUGGUUUCAAUGCAUUUUGAAAGCUGAAAUGCCAAACUCUAAUUUUUGGUCACAAAUGGAUAAAAUGUUGCUAUCGUACUUCUUAAAAUAUGUGGAUAUGUAAUUACUAUCUAUGUAUUAGUGUAAAUUGUGUGUGAAUUCUAAAUAAUUGUAGGUUACAUUAAUAUUUUAAGAUAAGAAAUUGUGACCAAGUGUUUUCUUACAUUGUUGCAUUCUUUGCACAUGAAUUCUGUUUUUAAAAGUGAGUUCUUCCAGCCAAAUCCAUAACAAAAAUUCAGCAUUGUAUUGGAAAGAAUCCAAACUGAUACCUAAAGAAAAAUAAUAGUCUGGUAUUAACAAGAUAGUCUUGCUAAGAAGACAAAAGUGCUGAUUGGCUUGUUAUAUAGUCAGAAUAACUAUAAAAAUGAUUGAAAAGGCAGACUAUCACUAUGAACAAAUAUAGAAAGCCUAAAAUAGACAUUUGCAAGUGUCAGAAUUAAGCCACAACAGCAGCAAAAUGAGAAGCCUGUUUGAAAACCUCCAAAUCUUCAUAAUCUCUGCCAGAAUUAAAAAUGCAGAGAUAGAAAUUUAAAUGCCAAACCUUCAAAACAAAACAAAACGUGCAAGCCUUAAUUUCCUGAUCACAACAAAGUAGGAUGCUUCAGAUCACCAUGAUCUAGCCAAGAUUAUUUAUGCUUGGAAGCAAAUCUUCAUUGCUGUGGCUCCUCUUAUUGACCAGGUUAUAUAUGUAGAGGAAGAUGCUACAUGGACAGUUUCCCUUUCUGCUCUUUAUUGGUGGUUUGGAACUAUGCAUAGCAUCAGGAAUCUAGAGCCUGGGUUUAUAUAGCAGGACACUAAACCCAUUGUUAUCCACUGUCAACCUAAUAUAGGUGUAUAAAUUCAGAUCUUUAUAUGCAACAGGGAUUACAACUACCAUAUGAAAAGAUGAUUGGUCAACAGUAGAUAAACUGAAACCUAAAAUAUUAGAAAACCAGAAUAAAUAAAUUUAAUUUCAUUGAUAACAAAAUAAAGUGUUAAGUUCAAAGGUAGCCCUUAACCAGUGAUACCCAGUACAGUAGGACCUUUUGCAUGGAAGAUUUUUAUUCCAGGAAUGUAGAAAAGGAAUGGUUUUAAUUUCAUCUCCAUCUAUACUCCUGACAUGGUUGGCAUCUCUGUUUGAUCUUCCAUUCUCUCCUUCCUUCCUUCCUUCCUUCCUUUGAUACAUACACCCAUAUAUCCAUACUUACCCAAUAAAAUCCUUGAUGUGGCUGCUGUUGUAAUAGAUUAAAUCCUUAGGAAGGUGACCCAGAAGAACAAGAUCAGUUAUAAGAAAUGUCUUCUCCCCCCAUCUGAAAAUUAUAGUCACAUAUAGGCUGGAUACAUACUUCAUGCUAAGAAGAAGCCAUAAUGUGGCUUGUUUUAUUAUAGUAUAUGAACCCAACAAUUCUGGCUUGCGAAUCAGGAUUCAUGGCUUUGCAUGUUAUAUGAAUCUAGCCAAUUAAACAAAUUCAUACUUCAUGGUAUGAAGAUGAACCUAGUUGCAAACAAGGAUUUUUGAUAGCUUUGAAUAGUAAGGUUUCUGUUUUAUUCAAGAAAAGAUGCAGAAAAUGGAAGAAGCAUACAUUACCCUUGAUUUCUUGGCUGCUCCUGUUUUCAUGACAAAGGGGAUCUAUCUAAUGAAAGAGGCUAUGGUUACAUUGAUAGUGCCUUAUUUUUUUUAAUCACACUAGUUCAAUGGCAGAAUGAAAGAAUCAUGAAAAUAAACAUUAAAAAUAGCUUUGUUACUGCCACAUAGUAAUUAAUAUAGGUAGUAGCAGUAUAUAAACUGGUUACAGUGAUAGGAAUUCAUAGAGUUGUAAUCCAAUGUACUCUGAGGGAAGAGAUAAGAAGAAAGCUAAUAUAUUGUAUUUACAAUAUUAGUAAAUUGUAGUGAAUAGAGAAGAAUCCAAGACUGGUAAUCUAACAAUGGGUUAAUUCAAUCUUAUUAAUUAGCUGGGUCACUAUAAGGUAAAUAAGAAUUCCAUUCUGAUGAGCAAAAAAGUCCCAAACAGGAACAGAAACAAUAUAAUUUUGGUUUAUUGAUUAAUAUCACAUUACUGUUGGGCUGAGGAUAAAAAAAAAGUCACUGUUUGAAUUUGAGAGAUACAGCAUGGUAAUUAAAAAGGGACUAAUCUGAUGCUUGGCAAUACAUACAUGGAAUUUAGCACGCAAUAAAUAUGUCCCAUAUCUUCACAUUUUAGGAAGGAGCAAAAGGAUGGCAGCUUUCAUAUCUUACCCUGUCGUCAGAGCUGUCCAUAAAUUAAACAGGAAGUAUUGCAGAUGAAUUUCUUUGAAAUAUCCAGUGGAAAUUCUUACGUUGUCUGGUAAUAGCUCUUUAGUAAAGCAAUGCUCAUUGUUCAUGAAUACAAGUCCACAUGAUAGACCAUUAGUAUGAGUCUGAACAUACACUGAAUGGAGAGGGGAACAAAUUUUGUUUCCUGUAUGCGCUAUAUAGCCAUUGCUGACUGGGUAGAAACUGAUGUAAUUUGAAGUGAAUAUUUUCUACAUCAAUAGGAACAGUUUUCAAUCUGAACAUUUAGGAGCAAAAAAUACCCAAAGUAUAAAAUACAGAAGUAUUUCAAGAGCCAUUUUUAAACUUAAUUCUUGUGACUAAUGCAAAGUUGUGUGGAUUUCUGUUUUAUGUGUUCAAGUUGCUAUCUUUUGUGAUUAAAAUAAACUUUGGGACAAUGGGGCUGUCAUGGCACUUACCAUGGUGCUUAUUGAUAAAGAAACAACUUCCUGUGAAAUACUAUGUCCUCAUCAAUAUAUUCCAUUUAAGUAAAUAAGUAUUUUUCCUUUAAAAAGCUCUUUUUACAUGAUGUACAUUAUAAUAACACCAUUUUGCGACUGAGCUGGCUAUGAAGUCCCUACAAAAUAAAUGCUGAACAUAAUUAUUGCUACUUCACUUAGAUUAGCUGCUUUUAAACCAUGCUUUAGGGCAGCUAUUCUCAAAACGCUUGGGAAGGGAAAUGUCAUUUUGCAUGGAGAACUUCAGGCUCUUAUGAUUCUUCUCCAUAGCUAGUCAUUCUGAGGAAUGCUAGAUUUUACACAACUCUAAAUUAGGGAUUUAAACAUUAGUGGGCCAAGUAUCCGCGUUUUUCUUCAUUUCUUUCUCUUCCUCUCUGAUUUGGGGUGAGGAAAAAUGCAAACAUUGUCCAUUUGCCCCAAGACCAGAGCUUCAUAUGCUUCAGUACAUACCUUAACAGAGCUUUGCAAAUAAGGUCCUUGAUUCCAACACUGGAUAUUGUUUUCAUUGUGUAUUUGUUAGUGGUGUACGUCUUGAAAAAUCCAUACUCCUGUUGAGGAAUCUAUAGAGUAGGAUGUGUGUAUGUAUGUGUAUGCAUCCACGCAAGACAGUUUUCACACCUAAGGCAAUAUACUGUGAAUGAAGAGGUUCAUUGAUUGCAUUUUAUACAUUUCUUACUUACUUUUCGAAGAUGUGGUCUGCACAAAGGCCAUUAGUUCUUAUUCCUAUGGAGGGACCACAAGAGCCCUAGAUAGCAGUAACAGACAGUUCCACCCUCUUCCUCAAAUGUACCUGAAGGAGGCAGUUGAGGCUCAGGGCAGCUGAAUAAAGCUGCACUUCUCGCAUGUAGUUUGGGUAGCAUUAGGCAAUGAAUGGCCAACUGUUCUCAGUAUGGCAAUGGACUGAUCACACUGUUGAUCAUUCAGCCACCUGGUGCUAGGCAAGCCCUUACUGUGUCAUUCCUUAUGGGGUGCCUCAAAUGGCAUGCCCCUUCCAAUCCAUCUUAGUCACUAAUUGCUUUCUAUACAUUUCACCAGGCAUCCCUGCCUAAAUGGAGUAUUUACAUUCCCAGAGGCACCGUAUGUCACCUUGAUAGAGGCUGGAAAAGAGGGGGGGUUUUGCAGUUAUCCUUUGAUAACCUGCUUGUGAUCCUCCAAGAUAAGCCAUUUAGCCAGCCAUUGUCAGAAAAAAACAAAGCAUUUAGACCCGAUAGACUCUGGUAGUCUAAUCCACCCAAUCAAUUCUCCUGUUUUAAUGCAGCAGGGGGAAGCGAAAGCCUUGCUUUAAGAAGGUCUGCUAGGAGAAGAACCGUUCCUUUGGAAAAUGUUCUCCCCAAAUGCUCACAUUCCCUGCUAAUUGCCUAGCAGCUUAACCUUCUUCUUUUUUUUUUCAUAGUUGCUGGCCCGCUCUCACAAAGCGAGUGGCUUCACGACUAAAAAUUAUGUGUAUUAACUUUAAAUGUUGUUGUAUAUCUGUACCAGAAACCAUCAGUGUUAUAUUAUGUAGAAAUUAGAUUGUCCCUCAUCUUAAUGUACAUUUGUAUAUUUCUUAUUCGAUGCUGUGCAAUCACUCUGGAUUUCUUUUUUCUUGCACUGAUCAAAAUGCCUCUUGUAUAAUAAAUAAACUUCUUCCUGUGGUGAAUGUAUGUAAAUAAAAUUAAAUAAAAACAUUUAAAAUGUCAGUUAUACAAGCAGUGGCCUGAAAAAGGGAUAUCUGUCACAGCUGAAUGGAGAAAUCAAGUUGCUAUGACAUCUGAAAAGUUCCAGGGAUGCAAUGUCAGAGAAAGUUUUUCCUUGUAAUAGCUAAGUUGGUUUUCUGUAGCUUUUUAUUUUCAUUGUUUCCAAGUGAAGAGCCUAAAACUCAACAAUGUCUGUAAAUCCAACAUUAUAACCUUCUCCUUAAAGUACACUGUGUUGUUAGAUGUUUGUUUGAGCUGGUAGCACCCCUUGCAACUGCUGCGAUAUGUUUCUGUUGGCGAUUUGUAUAUUACUUUGUACAUGAGUACUGGUAAGAUUGUCAUGAAAAGUAGCUUCUGCCAUUAAACUACCUAUAGCGGAAUAGUAUAUAAUGUUACAAAUGUGUUACUACCAUGCCAUAUUUUA